CAGAAGAUAGAGAGCGCAAGCGAGCGUGCGCUCCAAGUGCAGGUUUCUGGGUUGGCAGCAGAGCGCGCGAAUAGAACGUGGCACGCGGAAUAUUGGCCAAAAUUACCGCGAACUCAAACAUCAGGAGACGCUCAGAGGGAAGCGAACGAGAACGGUCGACAACGCCUAUUUCUCUGAAACGUUCAAAUUAUCCGGGUAUAGGAGCAGCCAUGCCAUUUGGCUGUUUGACUCUGGGAGAGAAGAAGGACUACAACAGUCCUUCAGAGGUCACCGAUAAGUAUGACCUGGGACAGGUAGUGAAAUCGGAGGAGUUUUGUGAAAUCUUCAGGGCAAAGGACAAGAACACACUGAAAAUGUACACCUGUAAAAAGUUCCUGAAGAAAGAUGGAAGAAAAGUACGAAAAGCAGCCAAAAACGAGAUCCUCAUCUUGAAAAUGGUGAAGCAUCAUAACAUCCUCCAGCUGGUAGAUGUCUUUGAGACGAGAAAAGAGUACUUCCUCUUUCUGGAGCUGGCCACAGGAAGGGAGGUGUUCGACUGGAUCUUAGACCAGGGCUACUACUCAGAACGUGACACCAGCAAUGUGAUCCGGCAGGUGCUUGAGGCUGUGGCUUACCUGCACUCUUUUCACAUCGUUCACAGAAACCUAAAGGUGACUUGGGGCCAGAGGCGGACAAAAGCUGUUCGUGUGACCACCAUGAUGAAGAGACUCAGGGCUCCAGAUCAGAGUGACUCUGGAGCCUCUAGUCCUGCAAUGGGAGCCUCUGGAGGACCUGUUACCCCCAGCACCACCCCUGUUCCCCUGGCUGCCACACCAAUGCCUCCCCGCACCACCCUGGAUCACCCUGAGGCCCAGACGCAGGAGGCCUCGGCUCCAACACGGUGUAAUGGAGAGAUACUGACAUCCCAGCAGCGUAGUGAGGAGACUAGGGAGGAAUAGAAUGGCGGAUGACAUUCGGGCAAAUAUAGUGGCAAAUAGAGCAGCACCUACACACUACAUAUAAAUUCAUAUAGAAAUCUAAUGGUGGAGCAAAGUUCAAUUGUGUUUAAAAGCUUGAUCACCAUUUCAUUUGUGCAAAAUGCUGUAAUCUAGGAAGACUUUAAAAAGUAAAUCCCAGUCCCAUAGUAGUUUUAUCUGUAUUUUCUUAAAUAGCUUUAUCAAAGAAAUAUUAUUUGUUAUUCUGAAGUAAUACUCCGUCAUUUAAUUUCCAUGGUUAAUUCAAACCAAUUUAAAAAAUCCUCAUCAAACCUUUGCUACCAUCUUUUUAAGGGUAUUAUACUAAAUAAGAUCCAUUACCCGGAUGAAGCUUAUUAAUUUAGUUCUUAGAUUUACUUUAAAACAUUUCAUUAAAAGUUUAUGUGGUUCAAAUAUUUUCAGUUGUAUUUAUUGCAUACCUAAAAAUUGCAAGUGGCAAACUGAUAUUUUCUUUUUUUUUCCACAUUGCAUUUAAAAAACAAUACAACCUCAAAAUAUGAAUCUUAAAGCCAUUAAAUAAGAUAAUUAACAAACACAAACAAACAAACAAAAGGACAAUUAACACAUCAGAAUAUUAUAUGUCUGCAUAAAAAGAAUGGUUGGACUUUAAUGUAGAAUUUCAUGUAUCCAGAAGAGCCCAGCUGCUGAAUUACAAUUCAUAUUAAUAUUUUGUGUCAUAAUAUUGGCUAACCAGCAACUAAAACGGCUGCUGUACUUCAUUGAUGUACAAGUCAUUAUGUUUUUGUCAAUACUAUCAUCAUAUCAAUAUAAUAUUACUCAAUGUUUUUGUACUGCUGAAUCAUGUUUCUUUUUCUUUUGCUGUACAAUCUUACAAGAAAUUAUGUAGCUCUUUUUAUUCAAUCUGUCCUUAUAUCCUCAUUCUAAUGAGCACUGCAUUUUAUAUAGAAUACAUCUGUUUUCAUUAAGUCUGAUACGUUGAGGCCUAAGGGUUUCCAAAUGUUCUGUUGAUGUGCAGUACAAACAAAGCAAUAUGAAUAUUGCUGUAAUACUGUGAAACUGCUAUACAGGUGAUAAGAUGUUCCUGCCAUAUUUCAUACAGGUAGCCAAGCAAUUUGCUCUCGAUGGUUGUUUGCGUAUUCGAUCUUAUAGCUGUAUAUAAUGUUCAGUUAUUGUAUUCUGCCUAAAACCUAGACCUUAUUUUUACUGUCCAUGUGGAGAGAGAGGAAUCAAAAUGUCCUUGAACUGCAAAUCCUGCUGUAGCUCAUGUCCAUUAUGGCAUAGUUAUUUGUUGUUUAUUGUUUGUUUGAAUUGAUUGUCUUUGGCAUGGUCACAUGUUUAUUUUUAAGCAUUUGCUAAAUAUACUCCCCAUUGUAUAUAGCUUCACUGAGUUUUAUCUGGUAGUAUUAUCUCAGUAAUGUAAAAGGAACUAUACAGACGUGCAUUUUGACCUCUGUGUGCAUUAGUUUGACCUCAACUGAAAACCAUAAUUUUUUCCUGUUUUAGCCUGUGUUUUCCUCUUUAUGCACUGACGGCAGGCUCUGUAAACACUGAAAUAUAUUUUCUGAGAAAAGUUUUCAUAGAAGACAGAGCAGAAAAAACAAGUGAUUGUGCAAAUUCAGAGUAAAAUGUGUGAUUCAUCAUUUUCAUGUAUCAGCUCAGCCUAAUGUGUUUG